AUGACUGCUCACGGUGGCCUCAAGGUCAGACAUCAAACAAGCACCAAAAAUAUACUGAUCAUUUUGGUUGCGACACUCGCCAGCUUCAAUUAUGGCUAUUCCAACAAUGUCAUCUCCGGGUCGUUUGCUCAGGUCUCUUUCCUAGCCAAGUUCUUGACCCGUCCCGAUGCUGCCUCUAUCGUCGAUGCCAUCGUCUCUGGUUUCUUUGGCUGUGCCCUGAUCGGCGCAUUUCUGCAAGCCUGGAUCGCCCAGCGCUGGGGCCGGAAGAGUGCCACGGCGGCGGCCGCAGUCUUCCUCUUGACCGGAAACGCAAUCCAAGCAGGAGCCGUGCACAUCUCCAUGUUCCUUGUCGGCCGAUACUUAGCCGGAUUCGGCGCAGGCAUGGUCAUAAGCAACACCCCUGUGUAUCUGAGCGAGAUCGCCCCCGCCCACAGCCGCGGCCUUCUGGUCGGCCUCCAAGGCAACUUCAUUGUGUUGGGUUACAUCCUUUCCUCAGCCGCUGCCUUGGGCUUCAAUUUUGUCAGAACAAGCUACCAGUGGCGCCUCAACUUCGUCAUAGCUACCUCCGUUGCUCUCGCCCUUCUGGUAUCCUUGACUGCUCUCCCCGAGUCUCCGCGAUGGCUCAUAGAGCAUGGGCGGCCCGACGAAGCCCGCAAGAUCCUCGACAGUAUUCACACGACACGUGAUGACCCUGUGGGCAGGGUUGCCCAUGCCGAAUACCAUCAGAUCGUGGCCCAGGUCGAAGUUGAUCGGUCCUUGCCUAGCGGUUGGCUCCAUAUCUUCAGAAUCCCGUCUUUGAGGAAACGCAUGAUCUGCACUCUUCUGGUGUGGUCCAUGGGACAGUCGACUGGUAUCACCGUCCUCGCCAAUCUCACUCCAGUCCUCUUCGGCAACCUUGGCUAUUCCACUGUGCUACAGCUCUCUCUCGCUCUGGUAUGGACAGUCUGCUUGUUUAUCGGCUGCUUUUUCAACAUAUAUGUCAUGGACCGUAUUGGAAGAGUUCCCCUCAUCGUCGCUGGUGGAUUUGGCAUGGCUAUCUUGCUGGCUAUAGAAGCCGCACUCCAAGCAGAGUUCCUUGAUGGCCACAACCCUUCUGGCACAAAGGCUGCCGUGGCCAUCUACUUCAUCAUCGCCGUGUUUUACACAUGCACCUUGGAGUGUACGGGAUACGUCUACGGCUGUGAGAUUUGGCCCACACACUUGCGCAGCAAGGGUGCCGCGAUCUCCUACUUCGGAUUCUAUAUCUGCUCUAUCUGGGCAACUGCGCCCGCCGCACAGGCCUUUGCAUCAAUCGGUUGGAAGUACUACAUGGUCUUCGUUGCCGUUACCGUGGCUCUCACCAUACCAUGCAUGUUCUACUUGCCAGAAACUGCAGGACUUUCCUUGGAAGACCUAGGUGCCAAGUUUGGCGACACCGUCGCCUUGGAUUUUGAGCACGCCUUGGAGGAAGAAUUGAAAGGCGCAGGCGUAAUGCAUGCCGAAACUGACAUUGCCGAGGUCACCGACGAAGGCAAGCGCUACUAA